UUCCCGUUGUUAGAGUUGGGAUCUAUAUUUAGCUGGUGGGAUUAAAUUGCAAAGGCUUCAGGCUGGGGCAAAGCUCACUGGUCUGCCUUUUUACAGCUAGACCUGUGUGCUGCAAGCAGCUAAGGCCUUCAGUGUCCCCUUCCUUACCCAGGUUACUCACAGAAUGGAUUCCCAGCGAGAACUCGCAGAGGAACUGCGGCUUUACCAAUCCACCCUUCUUCAGGAUGGUCUAAAAGAUCUCCUGGAUGACAAAAAAUUUAUCGACUGCACCCUCAAAGCAGGUGACAAAAGUCUUCCUUGCCACAGAUUGAUUCUGUCAGCUUGUAGCCCUUACUUCCGGGAGUAUUUCUUAUCUGACAUCGAGGAGGAGAAGAAAAAGGAGGUCGUGCUGGAUAAUGUGGAUCCCGCGGUGCUCGACUUAAUUAUCAAGUACCUGUACUCGGCCAGUAUCGAUCUCAACGACGGAAACGUCCAGGAUAUUUUUGCACUGGCCAGCCGCUUUCAGAUACCGUCGGUGUUCACCGUGUGUGUUUCCUAUCUUCAGAAAAGGCUCGCUCCUGGCAACUGUCUAGCCAUCCUAAGAUUAGGACUGCUUCUGGACUGCCCGCGACUCGCCAUUUCCGCCCGGGAAUUUGUGUCUGAUCGCUUUGUACAGAUUUGUAAGGAAGAGGACUUUAUGCAACUGUCUCCCCAGGAGCUGAUCUCGGUCAUUUCCAAUGACAGUCUAAACGUAGAAAAGGAAGAAGCCGUCUUUGAGGCAGUGAUGAAAUGGGUGCGAACAGACAAAGAAAACAGGGUGAAAAGUCUGAAUGAGGUGUUUGAUUGUAUCCGUUUUCGCCUUAUGACAGAAAAAUAUUUUAAAGAUCAUGUUGAGAAAGAUGAUAUCAUUAAAAGCAACCCAGAACUCCAGAAAAAAAUUAAAGUUCUCAAAGAUGCUUUUGCAGGCAAACUCCCAGAACCUAGCAAAAACGCAGAGAAGACUGGGGCUGGCGAGGUGAAUGGCGAUGUGGGCGACGAAGAUUUACUUCCUGGCUACCUGAAUGACAUUCCCAGGCACGGGAUGUUCGUCAAAGACCUUAUCCUUUUGGUGAACGACACGGCUGCGGUAGCUUAUGAUCCCACAGAAAACGAGUGCUACCUGACUGCCCUGGCUGAGCAGAUCCCCAGAAAUCAUUCCAGCAUCGUUACCCAACAGAACCAGGUGUUUGUGGUGGGAGGGCUGUACGUGGACGAAGAAAACAAGGAUCAGCCCCUACAGUCGUACUUCUUCCAGCUUGAUAAUAUAGCUUCUGAGUGGGUUGGACUUCCACCUCUGCCUUCUGCCAGGUGUCUCUUUGGUCUGGGAGAGGUAGAUGACAAAAUCUAUGUAGUUGCAGGCAAAGACCUUCAGACAGAGGCCUCACUGGAUUCGGUCCUGUGCUACGAUCCUGCGGCUGCAAAGUGGAGUGAAGUAAAAAAACUUCCUAUCAAAGUCUAUGGCCAUAAUGUGAUUUCACAUAAAGGAAUGAUAUAUUGUCUAGGAGGAAAGACAGAUGACAAAAAGUGUACAAACAGGGUGUUUAUCUACAAUCCCAAAAAAGGAGACUGGAAGGACCUGGCUCCCAUGAAAACCCCGCGCUCCAUGUUCGGGGUGGCGGUCCACAAAGGGAAAAUUGUGAUCGCAGGAGGCGUCACAGAGGAUGGCCUUUCAGCUUCCGUGGAGGCCUUUGACCUCACCACCAACAAAUGGGAAGUGAUGACUGAAUUUCCCCAAGAAAGAAGCUCCAUCAGUUUGGUCAGCCUGGCUGGAUCCCUGUAUGCCAUUGGUGGUUUUGCUAUGAUUCAACUAGAGUCUAAAGAAUUUGCACCCACUGAAGUCAACGACAUAUGGAAGUACGAAGAUGAUAAAAAAGAAUGGGCUGGGAUGUUGAAGGAGAUACGUUAUGCUUCGGGAGCUAGUUGCCUAGCAACACGUUUAAAUCUCUUCAAACUGUCCAAACUGUAAAAAGGUGACAAAACCUAAUAGAUUUGGACAUAGUUUCUUUGGUUAUCAGGCCUUUAAUUUAUUCUGUUUUUUUUUUAAGCAUGUACAGGGAUUCAUGUGGAAAUUAUUUGCUGUUAAUGCCUAAGCAGGGAGAAUCGAACUUCAAGGUCACACUCUCCAGUGUGCCGAUCAGAGCUUAAAUCCAUUUUUCUAAUAAGGAAUUAAAUUGACAGUUGAACAAAUUCAUUUUUUUAAAUCUGUCUCACUCAAUGGAUUGAAAAAGAAAUUCCUAAACUGAGUAAUUUACUAAUUAUUUCUUUUGUAUUGGGAUACUUUUAUACUUAUUUUUUGCAUUACAAAUGGAAUUCAAGAAGUACAUCCACAUUUUUUAAAUGUUU